CGUGCGCGCGCGCUCACACGGACACGGCUUUAAGAAUGGCAGGCAGCGAAAACACACCGACUGCAGACGGCGAGUCUGUUCAGAAAGAACUAGACAGUUAUGAUCAAAAGUGUAUUUUCUGUAAGAUUGUGAACAGGGAGAUGGACACCGAGUUUCUGUACAGCGAUGAAGACAUAACAUGUUUCAGAGAUAUACACCCGGGGGCUCCUCAUCACUAUCUUGUUGUGCCAACAAGACACAUAAGGAAUUGCAAAUCACUUCGCAAAGAACACAUUCCACUUGUGGAGAAAUUGGUAGAAAUAGGAAAAGAAAUUCUUCAGAAGAACAAUAUCACCGAUUUAAAUGAUGUCAGGUUUGGGUUUCACUGGCCUCCGUUCCAUUCUGUUACACAUCUACACCUCCACGUGUUGGCACCGGCCAGUCAAAUAGGCUUCUUCUCUCGCUUCAUCUACCGCCUAGACUCCUACUGGUUCAUCACAGCUGACCAGUUGAUCAAAAGACUAAAAUCAAUGGACUGAUGGAAAUAUCAUUCAAGAUUCAAAGAACUUUAUUAAUCCCAGGGGGAAAUUCCUUUGCCAUGUUACAGUUGCUCUAAUGAAGAAAUAUAAAAAUAUGAAAAUAAAAUAUAAGAGAAAAAGAAAGAAAUAUAUAUAAUAUAUGCUGCCAUUAAAUGUGAUUAAGGAAAAGGGGUGAAGCUGAAGUGCCUCUAGAUUAUGAUUAUUUAAGUCAUUACUUCUUGCAUGUUAGCUUCUGCCAGACAAACUGGGCAACUUUGGAGAUGAACCUUUUAAAUUACAGUUCUGUUGACUGUAAAGUGGACAGUUUUUUUAUUUUAACUAGUGAAUUAUUGAGAAUAAUCUGGCAUUUAUAUCAUAGUCCCUGGAAAAUGCAUUUUUAAGUAAUCUCCAUGUCUGCCUGAAUAACUAGAUAAAACCUCUUCUUACACUGAGAAAAAGUACAUGUCUAUGUACAACAUAUUUGAAUAGCAUGCUAUAUAUUAUCUAUCUAUAUGCUAUAGAUUUACUAGCAUGUGAUGAUUUUGUUUGGUAUUUUUAAGGUGUGAUGCAUUCCAAUAAUGUAAAACUUUUAGCUAAUUACAAUUAAUUUCCCAUAAUUCCCACUAAUAGAUAUAAAAAGAAAUCACAUAACAGAGAAUAAAGCACAUGUUUCUGUGCUCGUGUGUGUGUAUAUGAAAGAACUGCUGAAACUGCUGUAUGAAACACUGAACCUGUUCAGUCCUGAUCGUUAAACCUAGGCUGCUCUACUCUGAACUGAGAAUACCUGUGUUAUGUGAGAAUGUAAGCUAAUUUAUUGUACAUGUAUAAAGUUUAUUAUGAAUUGAA